AUGCCGUAUUCUCUUAAGGGUCGCAACGUGCUCAUCACUGGCGGUGCUAGAGGCCUGGGUGCUGCAGUUGCUGAGAGAUUUGCUGCGGAGGGCUCAAAUGUUGCUAUCAAUUAUAUCUUCAGUGAAGAUUGCGCGACUGCACUCGCGAAGAAGCUUGAGCAGGAUCACAAGGUCAAAACAAUUAUCCUACAGGGGGACGUUGGUUCCCGUGCAGACUGCGAGAAUCUGGUGAAGCAGACGAUUAAACAGUUAGGUGGACUGGACAUCAUAAUCUCAAAUGCUGGUUGGACGAAGAUGUCCAAUUUUCCCGACCUUGAUGCACUCACCGACGAUGAGUGGGAUAAGUGCUGGUCGACCAACGUCAAGGCAAAUUUGCAUCUCUUCCGAGCUGCGAAGCCGACCAUGGAUGCCAACCCAGAAGGAGGUUCGUUUAUUGUGACGUCUUCUACUGCCGGUGUAACCCCAGGAGGCAGUAGCAUGGCUUACUCCGUGAGUAAGGCAGCAGGCCUGCAUUUAAUGAAGGCCUUGGCAAGUACACAAGGCACUAAAAUUCGCGUCAAUGCCGUUCUGCCAGGCCUUAUCCUCACUGAAUGGGGACAACGGUUUCCGAAGGAAGCAGUGGAGAUGUACGAGAAUCGAGUAGCAUUGAAGCGUGUGCCAAGCGUUGACGAUUGCGCGGAUAUCUUUCCUGCAAUUGCAAAGAAUUCGUCUAUGACUGGGCAGCAGAUCCCUGUUGAUGCUGGGCUCUUAAUAUAA